AUGACGACUUCGAUAACAUUUGUGAUGGAUCAUUAUGUAAAUUGCGCGGAACGGAACCGGUUUAUAACAAGAGAAAGUAGAAUUCAAGCAGGAUGCACAAAGUGUUCAAGGCUAUACUCCUGUAUGGGCGCACUUGACAAGAAGCAUCAUAUCUUGACAUGUAGUGCAGUUUCUCUGGCCCAGAAGAUCAAGCAGAAGGAGCUCAAGUCCGAAGAUUUAGUCAAAGCUGUUAUUGAGAGGAUCAAAGAAGUGAACCCUAAGAUAAAUGCUAUUACAAGGGGUAGAUAUGAAGCUGCUCUGGAUGAGGCGAAAGCGGUAGAUGAACUCAUUUCUAAUGGACUAUCCGACGAAGAGGCUGCGAAGAAACCAUUUUUGGGCGUACCAUUUACGACAAAGGAGAGUCAAGCCGUAAAAGGACAACCAUUCACCUUCGGUCUAUGGUGCCGUCGCAGGGAAAUAGCCACUGAAGACAGUGAAGCAGUUUCUAGGCUAAAGGAAGCUGGUGCUAUACCCGUAGCUUCUACUAACUUGCCUGAGCUGCUUGUUUGGCAAGAGACCCGCAACCCAGUGUAUGGUAUGACGCGCAACCCUCACCACACAGGCAGGACACCAGGAGGCUCGAGCGGAGGGGAGGCUGCCCUGACGGCCACAUGUGCUACCGUUAUCAGUUUGUGUUCUGACAUUGGAGGGUCGACCCGUAUGCCAGCAUUCUACUGCGGUACCUAUGGACAUCACCCUACGCCCGGAACUACUCCACUCAAAGGAGUGCUCUUCCGUAAGGGUGAUGAAGAGGACACAAUGUUAAGUCUUGGAUUCAUAUCUAAACAUGUUGAAGAUCUUGGACCCCUUACAAAGGUUAUUGUUGGCGAUAAGGCUUCUCUGCUCAACUUAGACAGGGAUGUCAAUAUUAAGGACAUCAAUUUCUUCUAUAUGGAAACGAGCAAGGAUAUGAUGCUUAGCAGCGUAUGUUUUGAUCUCAGGGGAGCCAUGAAAAGAGUGAUAACUCGUAUCAGCCAAGAUGCCUCUUCGACAGCCAACGCUCCGAAGCCGUACUACCAUCAAGGCUUCAACCACAUGUACAACCUCUGGAAGUAUUGGAUAAGCAAGGAGCCUGAAGACCUGGCCACCUUCUACACUAACGGGAACGGCAAGGCUAAUGGACUUAUGGAAUUGGCGAAGAAGGUGUUGGGCAUGAGCAAUUAUUGUUUCUUCAGUAUCGUCCGACUGAUUGAGGAGCAGUACUUGCCGAAGGUCGACUCAGACUGGGCCGAAACCUUGACUAAAGAAAUGAAAAAUGAUUUAUUUAAUAAACUUGGCGACAACGGCGUCCUUUUACUGCCUAGUGCCCCCCAUCCAGCACCUUUCCACUUCUCCUGCCUGCUGAGGCCGUACAACUUCGCCUAUUGGGGUAUCGUCAACGUUCUCAAGUGUCCUGCUACUCAGGUACCCCUCGGAGUUAACGCCCAGGGUCUGCCCCUUGGCAUCCAGGUAGUAGCAGCUCCACAUAACGAUGCCCUUUGCCUGACUGUCGCUAAGUAUCUUGAGAAUGAAUUCCACGGAUUCACCAGAGCUUGUGAACUUAAAGAUUAA